AUGCCAUCGAAUAGAGCCACCGAGGGUCCAGACUAUGACGCGUCUCCUCAAUUAUUUGUCUUCCGCGUCGGAAAGGACCAGACCGAGUAUACGGUCCAUUCAAAUCCUAUCGAGAGAACAUCGCUCCCCCUGGGAGCGCUCAUAAAUAAUGGACAAAUGAAGGAGUCGUGCUCUGGUGUUGCCGUUCUUGAAGAUGUCGAGCCACAUAUUUUCGUGGGGUUCUGUGAGUUUGCGUACUCUGGCACAUACAAGACUCCGAGUCUCAUCGGCGAGCCCGAUGACAAGGGCCGACGACUCGGCAAGGUCAACAGCAAACCCGCCUGCAGUCUUCGUAUUGAGCAUUUCUAUAGUGGAAGGGUACAGGAGAAAUUGGAAGGUAGCUUCGACUUUUUGAAAUAUCAAACGGAGCCCGUGGCAACCACACACUCCCACUCCCCCGACCUGCUUUUCCAUGCUGAGCUUUACGUCUUCGCCACCAAGUAUCUCGUCGAGCCUUUACGCCAGUUAUGUCUCAGCUCUCUGCAUCGCGAUCUAGUUGCGGCAGAGAGGAGAUCGAGGCCGGUCGGAAUCAUCCUAAACCUACUCGAAUAUACUUACGCGCAUACCGGCAAUGUUGAACCGGGAGGAGAGUCACCACUUCGGGAGCUGGUUACUUUAUUUGUCGCUUCCUUUGCGGGUUCUUUGUAUCCAGAAGAACGGUUCAAGGAGAUUUUGAGAGACAAUAGCGAGUUUGGUCUGGCGCUCAUCCAAGUUCUCCUGAAUUUGUGA